AUGGGUAUGCUGCCUGCUGCCCAGGGUAGUUUAUGCCUGUCUGGUCCAUAUGAGGACUAGAAUAAUGCGGGGGGUGUGCGAUGAGGAGGUUUGGUGUAAGUUUACUGUGGAUAACCUGCGGCUGGCAGAGAGAGAGGAGGUGGCGAGCCAGGCCUUGAGGCGGCUGAUUGAACGGGUACUGCAGGAGAUGGCUGAGGAUCUCCGGACGCGGUGUGCCGCUGUAGAUCGGGCCUUGAACCAGUGCUGCAUGGAACUGAGCCAAGCCAAAACACAGCUGGAGCUGCACCUGGCACAGAUUCUGGAGCAGAUUGGGGCUCAGGAGAGGAAUAUCUCAUCCCUGCAGCAAGCUGUGUAUGAUAAAGAAGCUCCGCUCAGAGUGGCUCAAUCUAGACUGCAUUACCGAACCUUCAGACCCAACAUGGAGCCGUGCCGAGACCAGCCUCAGCUCAGUUUGUUAGGUGAGGCGUCAGAACUCAACAGUACAGUAUCAGCCCUACAGCAGCAGCUGUAUGAAGCACGCAAAUCUUUUUCUGACCUGGAGGAAAGCAAACUGUCCCUGGAGAAAGACAUCUCUUGCAAAACAAACUCCCUCCUCAUCGACCGAGAGAAGUGUAUGACGCUACCCUUCUGUCACAGUGUUGUCUGGAUACUGACAGUCUCAUAAUAUGCACUAUUCACCAGGAGGUCUGGAUCCAUUAGACAGUAACUUCCAGUGGCAUGCAGUGUGUGUGCAUUUUAGUGUUUUUAGUGCAUCAGUGUUUUUUGAAUGCAGUUUUAAAUGAUAAAUUAUAUCUUUAAGUGGUUUAGUGUAUACCUUUUAUUUGUCAUUUAUAUUUCUUUCUACAUACUGUAUUAUAAAAGAAGUGAACUGUCUUAGGCCUACACAAAUUUACACUUAAAGUUAUACUAUUCAAAAAUUUAAAUUCUGUCCUCAUUAACUCACCCUCAUAACAAUUCAAACCUAUAUGGCUUUAUUUCUUAUGCAGAACACAAAAGAUUCUGAAGAAUGUUUUUUAACUGUUUUUGCCUAUACAAUGAAAGUCAGCAAUGUCCAAACUAAAGCUGUAUACCACUGACUUUUAUUAAAU